AUGCAUGGAUUAUGGAACCGUCACGCACAAAGAAAGCCUGUGCCUCCUGCCGGGAGCGGAAACCCGGCCAUUUUUGUGCAGCGGCUGGGGUUGGACAUCGAUGUCGGAGAUGGUUAUCCCGGUCUGCAUUCCUACGCCUGGAACCUGGGUCUGGACCAGGACACCAUCUUUCUCAGUGACUUGUCCGGCGUGACCGAGAUCCUCAGCCUGGAGCAGAUGUCGCAUUUUGCGGCGGUCAGCUUCACAGAGAUCGCUCCCGUGUACGACUUUCUCGAUCGCCCGUCGGUUGAAAACGCCAUCAAACAGCGCUGGGCCGAGUGCAAAGCCGUUCCCUACGACCCCGUCGACUCCCUCAUACUUGGGGUCGCAGCCUUGGGCUGCCUCUUGGAUCGCGACGGAACCUCGCCAUUCGAUACAGCGCGCGACCUCGAACGCCGCCUGGUGUACAGCGCCCGCGUCGCGCUCGAAUACUCAUCCCAACUCCCUCACCCUUCGAUCUCCCACGUCAUCGCCUGGCUCCUGCGCGUCAUCUACCUACGCCUAACCUCCUCCCCGCAUGCCACCUGGAUGGCAAGCUGCACGUUGAUGCACAUGAUUGAGACAACAAAGCUGCACUUCGAUGCAGAGACUAGUUCGCCCCUGGCCAGACCCCCCGGCCGCGUCGACUGUACGCCCGAACAACGACGGAAGAUCUACCAUACCGCGCAGCUAUUCAACACAUGGAUAUCGCUGGACUGCGGAAAGAGCCAGGUGGAGUUGCACGGCGCCUCGACCAAGAUUCCCACGGUAGGCGAGGGCGGAUGGACAGGCGCGCAAGUCGGACUGUACCAGCUAUCGAUCUUCCUGGCGCCGCAGUACCCGCGCGAAUUCACCGAGCUGGAGACCGCGCUGGUCCAACUCUCGCACCUCGACCCAAGCCAUCCAAUGCUGAAGCUCCUCCAAUGCAACAUCGCCCUGUGCAUUUUCCGUCGCGCGACGGCACUCGGGCGCACACUGUCCGACUCCUCCCUUCAGACAAUCGUCUCCCUGAUGCGUGGCAGUCUAGCGGCCGCCACAGAGUUGGCUGCGCGGUCGUUGCCGUGGUGGCAUGUUCUCAAUAUCCCGUUCCAGAUUGUGUGCGUCGUGCUUGCGAUGGAGCAGCGGGAUGCGGCGGAGGUGGUGAUUUUGGGGGAGGCGUUGGAGACUGUUAGGCUUGUUGCCACCAGGUACCGGACGCACAUGGCGGAGGAGGCCUAUGCGGUUGCGGUGGGGCUUGUGAGGAGAAGACGCGAGCGGCAGUUGGAGUUUGUUAGAGUCUUGGAUCAGACUUUGGAGGGGCAUGAGCGUUGA